GUGUCUACAUAAGACCUAAGAUAUUUUAAAAUAGUUUUCCUUGCUCUUUGAAUCUCAGAAACUAGUUGCGCUUCUUUGAAAGUCUCACGAAGUGUAUGUCUCUUGCAGAUCUCCUCACCAUGAAGGAAUAUCACUGUCUGCUGCAGAUGUUGUGCCCGGACUUUCCCAUGGACCUGACACAGAAAGCAGCAAGGAUUGUACUGAUGGACGAUGCAAUGGAUUGCCUAAUGUCAUUCUCCGAUUUCCUGUAUGCCUUCCAGAUCCAGUUUUAUUACUCUGAGUUUCUGGAGAGUGCUGCUGCAGUUUAUCAGGAUUUGCUUACUGGCAAAAGCUUAAACACGGUCAUAGUCCCAACAUCACGUUCUGCUACACCACGCCAACGUCCACCUUCUACUGAUGGUGCAUCUCUAGAGGGAGUGGAGGCACCACACUUUUACCAGUGUUUAGAGAACCUAUGUGAACGGCUUAGGCAAAGUACCUGCCCUCCUGUACCAUUAAUCGGAGAAAUAGUAAGCAGUGCACCAAGGCUUACUUUUUAUGGAUUCCUGAUGGCAAUGGCAAAGCAUGCUGGGAUUAACCAAAAGUAUUGGUGCUUUGCCUGAUAAAGCUGAUUUGUUAGUUGAUGAAGCGCUGGAUAAUGAACUUGAGAAAAUUGUUGCCCAGUUGUCUUCUUGCUCCAUAACACAGCUUCCUGCCCCCUGUCCUCUUCCACCCAGAGAGAUCAUCCGCGUGGCCUCUCCAAAGAAGUCUUUACACAGCCGUAGACGCCCAGACCUGGAGAGUGAUGGCUCCACCGAGGAGACCGACUCCUCUGAGAAUUAG